AUGGGGGAGAAGAUAUUCUUCCUGAACCAUCCAGGCCAAAUUAGUGCUGGCUAUGCUCCUGUACUGGAUUGUCACACAGCUCACAUAUCAUGCAAGUUUGCUGAGCUUAAGGAGAAGAUUGAUUGCCGUUCUGGUAAGAAGCUGGAAAAUGGCCCUAAAUUUUUGAAAUCUGGUGAUGCAGCCAUCGUUGAUAUGCUUUCUGGCAAGCCCAUGUGUGUUGAGAGUUUCUCUGACUAUCCUCCACUGGGUCGUUUUGCUGUUCACGACAUGAGGCAGACAGUUGCUGUGGGUGUCAUCAAAGCUGUGGACAAGAAGGCUGCUGGAGCGGGCAAAGUCACCAAGUCGGCCCAGAAAGCUCAGAAGGCUAAAUGAAUAUUACCCCUGACACCUGCCAUCCCAGUCUUAAUCAGUGGUGGAAGAACGGUCUCAGAACUGUUUGUCUCAAUUGGCCAUUUAAGUUUAAUAGUGAAAGACUGGUUAAUGAUAACAAUGCAUCGGAAAAACCUUCAGGGGGAAAGGAGAAUGUUUUGUGGACCAUUUUUGUGUGUGUGGCAGUUUUAAGUUAUUAGUUUUCAAAAUCAGUACUUUUUAAUGGAAACAACUUGACCAAAAAUCUGUCACAGAAUUUUGAGACCCAUUAAAAUACAAGUUUAAUGAGAAAAAAAA